AUGACAAGCGUGGAUAUCGAGGCGGUUCAGGUUUACAAGGGCCUGAUCGAUGGUCUGUUGGACCGCGCGACGCAGGUCAAGCCUGCCCAGAUCGAACCCCCAUUGACCGAAGGGCUCCUCGGCGAUCGAAUUUGGGAGGUCCCGGAACACCAACAAGGGGUCGUGAAGCAGCUCAGCCAGCAGACGCGCUACGCGUCGGUAGAAAUUGCUUUCCGCCAAAAGUUCUACCCUCUUGUGUUCGUGAUUAUCCAGAACUCUACCGCCAUCGAAGACCCUGCCUUCGUCCACAUAUGGAACCUCCUUGACAUCGUCUCCAUUUUCUCCGAUAAUGAACAAUGCGAGCCCGGCUUGAUAUUCUGGCUUAUUGAAGAGCUACUCGACAGACAAACCAUUAAUGCCUGCCGCAAAGUGUUUGACUACUUGGAGUCUCGCCGGGAACGGAAUAUUAAGAAACAUUUCAAGCAGAAAAGUCUCGUCAUCCUCAGAUCAUGCAACGAGCUACUCCGCCGACUUUCCCGUGCUGAGGAUACUGUAUUUUGCGGGCGAGUUUUCAUCUUCCUCUUCCAAAGCUUCCCACUAGGAGACAAGAGUUCAGUCAAUCUUCGCGGCGAAUUCCAUACCGAGAACGUUACCACAUACGACGAUAUUGUCAAGCCCAUACACCAUGCCCCAGAGGAGGAUAUCACAAUGACAGAUGGCGACUCUACACUGACAGAAAGCCAAGCGGAUAGCACCAGCCGAGCCGAGAGUCGUGGGACAGGAGUCGAUGAAAAGUCAAAUGUUCCCAAUGUCCUUGUAUCUCGGGAUAAGAAGCGAAACGGGCGGGAACCGAACGAAUACGUCGAUCUUGAUGUUCUAUACCCAAUUUUCUGGAGUUUACAGACCUACUUUUCAGCUCCCAGCACGUUGUUCGACCCAGACCGUUUGGUAUCAUUCAAGGCCGGCCUUGAGGCAACAUUAUCUGCUUUCAAAAACAUCAACACCGAACUCGACAGUCAAGGCGGCGGACGAUCGUCAGAAGAAGCGCGCAAAUCUCAUAAGCGGAAGCGCGUAGCCGACGGGCCCGAGAUCAGCAGCAACUUCAACCCAAAAUAUCUUACUAGUCGCGAUCUCUUUGAUCUCGAAAUCAGCGAUACGGCUUUCCGCAGACAUAUCCUGGUCCAGGCUCUCAUAAUUCUGGACUUCUUGCUAUCAUUUACGCCACAAGCCAAGAAACUCCAGGUUGACUUAACGAACAAGUCCGUGCUCUACGGAUUUGUCCUGAAUGAAGACGAUGCGAACUGGGCCUCGAAUAUCAGGAAACGCAUUGAAGGGUAUCUACGAGAUGGACCUGGAGGGAUGUUUUACUAUCGCAUGGUCGAUACCGUUCUGUCAAGAGACAAGAACUGGGUGCGGUGGAAGGCCGAGGGUUGUCCACCAAUCGAGAAGCCAGCCAUCUCUGUGCCUGACUACGUGGCUGCACGCAAUAAUGCGGUCAAAACCUAUACCAACAAACGCAUCCGUGCCUCGCCAAUGGGAGCGCUGGAUUUCAAAUUCUUAUCCGACAGCGAAGCAUUGGCCAACAUCGAACGGCUCAAGGAAGCAGAUCGAUUCGCUGUUCCCGAUUCGAAGUCAUUGCAGGGGGCGAUCCUAGAUGACGAAAUGGACAUUGACAUGGCACAGACCACAGACGACAAGGAAGCCGCGCUCAGCGCCAAAUCUAGUAAACUCUGGCGUAUCCUCCGUUUCCCCCGCGCCGGCAGGGAAACCCCCCAGCCAGACGGAAAUGAUGACCACCAAGACAGCCUCUCUGCAGAGGGCAAAGACAGCGGCGAAGAGGAAGCAAGACAGGACACGCAGCCACCUAUUGAGGGAACGAACGUCAUCGACGAUACCCAACAGGAAGACAGCAUCGCCCCUGCCGAGAACCGGAGAAGCGAACAAGACCCCGCCGUUGAGUCUAGCGUGGAAACCGGAGAUAACACCAAGAAAGACUCGGCAACCUGA